CUAAUAGCGGGAAUACCUAAAAAAUGCCCAGCAAACAGAAGACAUUGUUGUUCUUCGCUGGCUUUGUAUCGAGCAUCGGAUCAUUUGCAGCCAUCUGUACAUGCCUAGGGACUCAGCAAUGGGUUUCCAGCAGGGUCCAGUUUUUGGGAGGGAAUUACACAGGAGAAGCGCAUGUAAACCUUGGACUGUUUGUUGUCGAUAGCAGGAAGACUAUCACAAGUGGAGUGGCAUUGGACACCCAAAAGAUCUCCAAACAAGUGUUUGACCUAUUAAAGGAAACGAACAGUGUGAAGAUCGCCCACAUUAUCGUCAUAUUAUUCCUGGUGCUCGGUCUUGCUUGCUGUUUUAUGGGAUCAGUGACUACUUGCUUGAAUAGUGUCAGCAAUCCUUACAUCACUUUUUUAGGCCCUUUGGGCGUCUAUGUGUGGUCCUCUAUCAAUGCAAUCUUUGUACUGCUUGCCAUGAUUGUGUUUGCGGUAAACAUAGAGGCUAAUAACAUGCCAAAGAAUUUGGCUAAAGCAAUGGACAUCACAAACGAUGUAUAUGGGACUAGUACGAAUACAUACGGAUACUCAUACUAUCUCCUGAUCCUUAGUAUUUGCCUGAACCUGGCCACCACAGGGAUUAUCUACUAUUACCAACAUAUCAGAUACAGCAAGCAGAAAGAACAGGAGAGACCCAUGGAAAUCGCCAGCAAAGAUUCCAUCUUAUUUUAAGACUGGGACCCCACACCAUGCAAGAUUCUGCUUAUUAUGCCGUUACCACCAACUGGUCACAAUACACCAGCAGGACCUUCUGGGAAAAAUGCUGCUUCAGUGCUCAUUGAAUACUCCGAUAACACCAUCGUUAUUAAAUGGCUGGAAAUGAAGAGGCUUCAUUGCUAAACAGACUUAUGGUGCCUCUGUGCACUCAUGUAUAAUAAACUAUCAUUUUCAUAGGUAUAGUCUACAAAUUGUGUAAUAUUCUAAGCGAUGUUGAGUGGACAAGACAGGGUGGUAUAGAUUGUAGGAGUGCAGUAACAGUUACAAGGAAGUAAUGCAAAGCACAUUUUGGGGUA